GGCUAAAGACGAGAAAAACAAGCCGGGAAGUGUUUUUGGAGAGGGCAGAGGAAGAAAGAUCAGAGACGAGGGAUGAGGGAGGAAGGGGUGGCGGCAUAGGGAGGGAGGAGAGGAAGAGAGCGAGACGAGGGGGAGGAGGGGGGGGAGCACGAUUUUUCAGCCGCCCCACGCCCCGAUUUCAUCAUUGCCGAUUGGUUUUGUUGUGUGAAAAGAUAUUGUUCAGUUUGCCUGGUCAAUUGAGCUACAGAAUGAGUCGAUUACAAGGGCCUAAUGCACUUAAGAGGAAACGCCCGGGUGCCACUUCUGAUUCUCUUACAGAACACGAACGAAUUGUUCAUGAUGUAAUGCAAGGUAAACAAGACAUGGGAAUCUCCCAACGAGACAUGAAACGCGAAAUUAACCUCCCUGACAACCUAGUUACCAAAUGUCUUAAGUCACUUCUAGCCAAGAAUCUCAUAAAAGAAGUCAAAAACAUCCAAAACCGUGGUAGGAAGCAUUUUAUCUCUGCAGAGUUUGAGCCGUCAAAUGAAAUAACUGGUGGGGCAUGGUAUGUAGAAGGAAGCCUUGAUACGGAGUAUAUAAAUGUUUUGAAAGAGCAAUGUUGGAGGAAGAUCUAUGGUUUGAAGGUUGCUACCUUGGAAGGGGUCACGGAUGCUAUUAAGAGGAGUAACGUUUCGCAAAUUGAGUUGUCAAAACAGCAGAUUGAAGAGAUUGUGAAGGCUUUGGUUUUGGAUAAUGAGGUUAUGGAAGUGAAAAGUAGUGGAACAGGGGAGUUUGCUUCAAUUCCGGUUGGGAAAGUUUGUUAUAAGUGCAUUGGUAAGAGAGGGUAUGGAGGGGAACCGAAGGUAGGAACUAUGGCUUCCAUUCCUUGUGGAGUUUGUCCACAGAUAAGUCAUUGUACACCUGAUGGCAUAAUCUCUCCCAAAGCCUGUGUUUACUACAAGAAAUGGUUGGAUUUUUAGUUUGACUGUGUCCUUUUGCAAAAUUUCUGAUUUGAUUUUGCUGGAUUUGAGUGAAAGCCAAAAUUUUGUCAUCCAUGAAUGUUAUUUAUAGUCUGAGUUGAAUCUAUUUUUCACUGGAGCUAUU